AAACGGUACGCGUUCCAUCAUCAUCAUUCCGGUCGGCUAUUUUCUGCGCUAGGUUUUCGGCACUUUUCACGAUGCAAAAAGGCGCCUGCCUAGCGGGUUUUGGUGCGUUUUAAUGCAGCGUGGCUGUUAUAUGCGUACACAGGGAUCGUAGCAAUCGGCAAAGCGUUACUAAGCGUUACCGGUUUCUUGUGAUCAGAGCGAGAGCGCGAGUGCUGAAUGUGAUUCCUCGAAUAGUUUAUGUAGCAGUCAGCAGCAGCAACAGCAAGCACACGAUCUGCUUUUAAUGCGAAGAACAUCGGUUCCAUACCCUGUACGCGCUCUUCUUAUGUUCAUCUACCCAACGCAUCCCCCAGUUUUGUGCCAAAAAAAGUUUCUGUUUCGCGGAAAAAUUCUCAGGACGACAGAAAACAAAGUAAACAGAGCAAAAGUAAACACGUAUCGCAGUUACGGUAGCCAGUUGCCAGCAUCUGGUACCAGCAGCAUCUUCCAGUAGUGAUGCCAGAUUUGGCAAAAAGUGUGCGUGAAGAAAGUGUAUUGUGUGCUUGUGUGGGCUCAUUUACCUGUGCUUCGUAUUGUUUUCCAACAAAUCGUUACUAUUUGUUACGUGUCAAACGAGUUUAGCAGUGUUCUCUAACAAGGCAGAGUGAAGUAAUAAUAUUAAUCGUGAACGGAGCGAGAGAGAGAGAGAGAGAGAGAGUGAGAAGGAGCUAUUGUUUGCACGCGAAACCAGUUAUGCAGGCGUAGGUGGUUCCGCGGUGCACGAAGAAGGCCGCGAGAAUAAAUACACACGCGGGUACCACACGCAUACAUCCGGACAGGGCCACUGGCCCGCUCUGUGUUGCAGGGGGUACUGUGAUGUGGUGUUGUGGUGAUGCACCAUCAUCAUCACUCCGCGUAUGCAUCGAACCCCGGCUAGUGUGAUGCAUAUGCGGCCGCCCAUUGUGAGAAGACAGCAUUGUUGAUGGUAGUAGUAGUAGUAACAGUAGUAGUGGUGGUGAAGGCGAUUGACCGGAAAACAUGCAAAACAUCAGAUAUGAUCGUCGUAGGUCCGGAUCGCUGACUUGUUUGUACUGAAAGCAGAAGCAGCGCUCAGCAGCAAAUCAACAACACGCAGACAAAAAAAAAACAAACGACAAACAAACAAAAACGAUCUGCGAUACAAACGCGCAUCAAUCAAUAAGCAACCGGCAGUUGUGUCUCUUCUGGAGGUACGUGAAGUGUAAAAACAAAGGGCCGACCAAAACACAAGGCAGCCUCAUCCCGCCGCCGAAUGGAAAAUUGGGAAGUUUUUACAGUAGUCGUUGGUGUGAUGAAUCGCUAAGAAGAACAACGGCAAGAGUAGUAGCGCGGUGUUACAAUUGGCGUGUCAACUGCCUUUACGAAAUUAAAUAACCACACAAAUGGUGAAGGAUUUUUUAUGGCGCUGCUCUCAUUUCGACUUAGCAUUGUGUUUACCAUAGGAUUACUAUUGCUGAAUGGAUUCGCUUCCGAUUCGUCAGUGCUUGCAUUUGUCAACGAAGAAGGUCCGGAGCGGCUGCGGCUAAUAGCCGCGCCCCCGUCACACGUGAUCGUGACCGGCAGUCGGAAUGCUCCGGUGUAUCUGCCCUGCCAGGCAGAGCUAGGGCCGGAAACGUCCGACGAUAUACCGAACAGUAGCUAUGGGGACGAGUACUUGGACGGUCAUAACGAGGAAGACGACGAGGAGGAGGAAGAUGACGAGGGUUACGACGAAGAUACCGAUGAAAUGGAGGAUGACUUUCUCCCACACACCUCGUCACUGUUGACCAGCAACGAUCUGUCGAACGAUGAGCAGCACUUGCAGGAAGGCGCGCAAGAGGAGCAGCAACACCACCAUCAGCAUUAUCCGCGUCAGUACAAAGAUUACGAAAAUGAUGACGAUGAGCGUCGAAGGCGAAGGCGGCGACGACGGCGGAGAUAUGUGCACACGCAGAGACGUGGUCUGUCGGGCGGCGGCGAGUAUUACGGGUCACAGAGUAUGUUCGAAUACGUGUGGUAUCGCAACGGGUUGGAAUUCCUUACCACCGCCUUCCAGAACCAGAACCAGCACCAAACGCAUAAAGGAUUCCGGCUGUUUGAAAAUGGGACGCUGAGAAUUCCGUACAACCGCCAGAAUGGAAACAUGGCAGCUGGCGUGUAUCGUUGUAUGGCGACGCUUGUGAACCAUCAGCAACGCUACCAGGGUUCGGUCCUGUCCACCGAAUGCACCGUUUGGAUUGCAUAUCUCGAACGGGACAAUCGGAUAAAUUUCCCCAACAAUACGAUCGUUGUACGUGCGAACGAACCUACCGUCCUUCCCUGUCCGUUUCAAAGCUAUCCGGCAGCAAACAUUACGUGGUCGGUGAAUAAAACCGUACUGCAACUGCAGAACCAUUUCGGUAGCCCUAAGGAGAGCAGAUUUUUCCUAUUACAAAACGGAAGCCUCCUCAUCACUGAUGUCCACCUGAUGGACAGUGGACGGUACCGUUGUAACGCAACAAACAAUUAUGUCACAAAAAACGUUCGCAGUACCAGCUUCAAUCUUGCCGUGAUUAGUACACCCCCAAGUAGCCUUAUGGUGGUGGAGCCGAAGAAGCAUCGGCUUCUGUCUCCACUGCAACCUCUUCACAUGUCAGUUCGAGCGGGAGAAACGCUUCGGCUACACUGCGCCUGUUACUCCUGUAAGCCCCAGUGGACGUUCACGCCUCGCCAGAGCGAAAUCCCCAUCCGUCUGGAAAACUAUACCCAUCAGAUCGUGUUUGUAAACGUGUCCGUUGAACGCCACGAAGGAAGAUUUACCUGUCGCACACCGGACGGAACCGAUCGCCAAAUAUUCAAUGUAACCGUGCUGAUCCCGCCUACGAUAGUCAGCAAAAUUGCUUCAUACACCUCAUCGGUCGUUGCCUCGAUGGCGUUCAACUGUAGUGUCACGGGCAAUCCGAUGCCGACGGUAACCUGGUACAAGAACGGGCGUGAACUUAGCAGCAAUUACAUCGUACACUACAACUAUCCGAUGCUGCAAAUCAACACACUCGACCCGGAGGACGAAGGUCUGUACCAGUGUAUGGCAAGGAAUGCGGCUGGCGAGGUAUCCGCCUCGUCGUAUUUAACCAUUCGCGACAAGCAGAAGUAUCGGCACAAAGCCAAGCGACUGGACGGCAUUCGGUGCUAUCCGGUAGACACGACCAGUUUGUACUUAACGUUUACUGUACCACCGCCGCAUGCCAGUCCAAACAUUGAAUACGUAAUGUACUAUCUGGCAAGCGACGAUCCGUUCCGAUGGUACAGCUCUCCACCGACGCAGCUGGCAGCUAACGGCAGUCUGAGGAUCAGCGGCAAAAUGGUAGAACCCUUUCGGAACUAUACCGUGUUUUUGCGCGCCUGCUCGGUUAGUGAUAUUUCCGGUGCGGACAACAUUCGUGGUGGCGGUACGCAGGGCAUGCAAAAAGUCAUCCCGUCCAGGUUGUCCAGGGGCGUCCGGUGCGCAUCGCAAGGAUAUCCUGUUCUAUCAACGUUUUUCCCCAACAAUGGCAUUUUUAUCUGGUGGCCCAAGUAUGAUUUUGUACAACCGACUGCCUUCACGAUACAGCUUCGACACGGCGGAAACAGCAAUCUGACCAGCUUCACGAACCAAAUCAUCGGUACAAUCGAUCCGUUAGAUGACUACAUGUCACACGAGGAGGUAGAACCACUGCUGGGGAAAAUCGAUGCAGUGACGAAAGAGCUGCAGGAUUGGCUGUGGAAAGAGUAUGACGUGGGUGGCGCGAGUGGCGAAAGUUCAGACAAAAGUGCGGACAGUCAGCCGCAUCAGCAGCGACGUCGCCGCCGGCAAAGUCACCGAGAGAGUAGGCGCAACCGGCACGCAUUCGAUCUGUCGAAAGAUCGGAAGCAAAUCUUCGAUUCUCUAGCCACUAGCGGGGCGAUGGAUGUGGACGUUCCUAUCGCAGUGAAUGCCGCUCACCUUCGCUCCAAUGCGUCCAGCCUGGAGGCAGUAGUAGCGGCGGCAACAAAACUGUCCGAGGCUGCAUUAGGCAAUCACGCAGCAGACGAAUCCGCUCAAAUGCGGAAAACGCAUAAAAGAGUUACGGUGACACAGGUCAAGGUUGCCGGUAAUGUGACGGGCAUUCUUCUACCAAACAUACGCAGCGUAAAGGUGCGAGUGCUUGGCUCAGUAAGUCCUGAUGGUGAGCCGAUGGUCCAAGAUUUGCGAUACGUUGAAUGGAAGGUGCUUGAUACAGAUGCGCCCCGAACCGAUGCGGUGAACAAGUUUCAGGCGAGCCACAUCGAUGCCAGAAGUGUACAGUUUACAUGGAGUCGCUUCGUUGCCACCAAGGCGAUAAACCGAUGCUUGCAGCUGUGCUAUAAGAAUGUCAACUACGAUGUUACAAUGCGAGGAGGAUCAAAUCGAUUCGAUUGCCAAAAGAUUCCAAAGGAUGCGUCGUACUAUAAUGUGAAGGAUCUUGCUCCUGUUACUAUGUAUAAAGCUUUCCUAAAGCCUUGCGAAUCAAAUGAGGCGCUCAGCGACAUUUUGGAUUUUCAAACAAAGCACGAUGUUCCAGGACCUGUUACUAAUCACGAGCUGCACCGUAAGGGUGGCACAAUUAGCAUCACUUGGGGGCCGCCCGAAAAUCGUAACGGUAUACUGCAGGGCUAUCUGGUGGAAUGGAUCAACGAAGAUAGUGUGCAACAUUCGGCCAAUCUUUCCGCGGAUGCCGUAAGCUUCACCUUUCCCAAUGUCACAUCCGACGAACGGAUCAACAUAUCGCUUCGUGCACUCAGCAGUUCCGGGCUCGGUAUACCGAUCUACCUGAAUCUGAAAAAUUACGAACCGAUCAUUGAUGGGGUCGAUGGGAAGGGUCCCGGCGGCAGCUCCUCAGCAGGCUACAGCGAACGUUGGGUGCUUCAGCUCUACCUGAUAGUGCUCGUGCUGUUGCUGUUCCUUGUCAUGGGUAUACUUUGCUAUUUACUCUUCCGUCGAAAGGCAUGCAAAAAAGCUGCUAGCAGCUCUGGCGCUCCCCUUAACAACAGAGCACCCUUGGCUGUCGGCAGCAACGACGCUCGACAUCAUCUGGCCAUCGAUACGUCAGCGAUGCAGAUGAUGGGUAUGAUAACGGGAUGCAACAACGAUAUGCAUGAAAUGCAAACACUGAUUCGCUCCGGCAACAACUUUCCAAGCGCAAACGGAGGACUGAUGGGCAACGGACUGCCGAUAAACACAUGCGGUCAAUCGAUACCGCCAGCAACGAACCCGAAUCCAGGAGCUGCACUGAUAAGCAGAGCCCGACUGCAAACGAGGAAAAGCUUUGAUACUGUUGCGAUGAGCAUACCGCGCGACGAACCUUUUUCUCCGCAGGCCAAUAAUGCGAGUGCAGCGAUUACCUCGUACAAAGAACUGCUGGUCAAAGAACGAACGGAAGGCAGCAGGAACAGUUCGCCCAAAAGUCAACGAUCGUCGACGGAAUUGGAAGAGUGUACCAACGAUAAUACUUCUCCCAACGAAGCCAUUCGUCGCACGUCGGUUGACGAAGAGUGUUGCAUAGCAAACGGUACUAAACUAUCAUCAAACAUCAGUGGCAGGAUACCGGUAGGAGCUCGCAGUCGUCGCAUUAGCGAGGAUAAGCAGUCACCCGCUACGUCAUUCACGUCCAAAGCAUCCGGCACUGUUCCACCAGUGGCAUCGUCGUCGCCAUCGUCCUCAUGUACAUCCACACCGUCGUCGUUAUCGCCGGCUUCCUCACAAUGCGUGCUAAAAACGCGUACCCCACUAGAAUUCGAUAGUAGCCAACGUAGAUUACUAGAGACUACUUUAGAUAGUAACACAAGCACCAUUACUGUAGAAGAAACCAAGGAACAGCGUUCAGAUGUGCCAGCAGCAGCAGCAGCACAACUACCGCCAGCACCACCACCACCACCACCCCCUCCACACCCAGUAGAAAUUUAUGAUUACGAUUAUGCAACGAACUGUGAUGAUGAACGAGCAGACGAAGGAGACCACAGCCGACAGCUGCUGCUGGUGCAGGAGUGCCGGCAGCUGCCUGAAACUACAACGAGCCCGUCGUCGUUGACCGACCUUAAUGCGAGGGUAUUAUUGCCUACCUUAAAUGAGCAGGAACGGCACCAAGAGUCACGCCGGCACCCGCAACCAAAGCCUCACGAUGAAGCAAAUCUGAACUAUCACCACAUAGAAAGGACAGCGGCCGACAGGCCGACGACGUUGACGGCGAGCAACGGUUUGGACCGGUCACUGACGAAUAAUGCACAGUCCUACAACCGUAAGGUAGACGCCAACGGUGACGAGGAUGACGAUGAUGACGAUGACGACGAGCUGGAUAAUUCAUCGUCGCUACUGAAUACAAGCAGCCUCAGUACAAAACCCCUGCAUCAGCAGAACCACACAUCUAGCUGGAACUUUCGGCGACCGAUCAUCGGUCCGAACGGCUAGGCUCGACGAACGAAGGGCAAAAGAAAAGCCAAUUUACUAUUACGUACGUUUCCCCCUCCUUCUCCCGAACCACUUUCCUACCGCCGCUGCCCACUCAGGUACUUUCGUUUUAUGGUUAUAGUUUUUGAGAUGCCGUUUUUAGUGUCUGUUCUUUACGUUGUUAAGUGUAACGCCCAGCUGCAGUGCCACUGGAGGGCAUCUAAUCUGUGCCCGAGAUGCCGGGAAGCAUGGAGCAGCAGAAGUAUGUAAUGCAAGAGAACAAUCUGAUUGUUGCGAAGAAGAGUGCGCUGGUGACCAAAAACACACACGGCGCAUUGGUGCACUAUCUUAGGUACGUGUGGCAGGUCUUUUGUAGCGUAGUAGCAGUUAGAACGAAGCAGAGGCUUCAUCGUAAUUUUCGAUGAUUAAUGUUAGGUGAUACUUUUUAGUUUUGAUGUUACGACGACGAGUCUACUAUAUUUUUGAAUGGUUUCCUCUCUCGCUCUCUCUCUCGCUCUUUAAGCUUAACCCAUCUUUGAUAUGUAUGAUAGUUUUUUCCCCUAAGAGCUCACCCAACAAUGAUGCCCGCUAUUGAUUUGACCGUGGUUUUUUGCGCAAGGUUCCACAGUUCCCCCGCAACACAAGCGACAAACUAUGUGUGUGUGUGUGGAUAUUAUGUGUAUAUGUUUCCUAUUAAAACGAAACUGAGUUGCAUUUAAUCUUUUGAACGUAAUGAUAACACCCUAUGCUCGCAAAAAAUACUUUUAUUGCAAACAAAAAGCUCGCCUGUGGUGCAAGCACGCGCGCGCGUGUUUGUGUAAAUGGUUACAUUUGUUUUACACGGUAAUGUUUUUCAUCCACUGUCGUCUACUAUUAUGUUACAAAUAGACACAACAUAUUUAAACAGUUUGCAACAACGUCUCUGCAAAAGCGUGGGGCGGUCGGGUGGCCGAGGCGACAGCGGCGCAGGUCUUCACACGGCAGGACCGGGGGGUUCAAAUCCCAUCCCGACCGCCUCCCCGUACGUAACGCUGACUACUUUGCUACGGGUAAAAUCAAAUCACUGAAAGCCAGAAAUGGCAGGCCGAGACCUUUCGAGGUUCUAGUGCCACCGAAGAAGAAGAAAAACGUCUCUAUUUCAAACUCAAAACAAAAACACUUCUAGUGUGAAAAGUAACAAGCUUCCCCCCCCCACCCCCUCCCCAUAGUGUGAUCUACAGUAUUGUUUAUUUAUGAAAACUCGCAUUUUGUUUUAAUCGAUAUAUUCUCUAUGAACUGUGACUAUUAUGUUGCGCCUACUAUAAGCCAUUUCCAAACACACAAGCUCUCUCUCUCACACACACACACAUUCUCUCUGAAGAAGUGAAGUGAAGAAGUACAUACAGUUAUAAGAGAAAAAAACAAAAAGCCAAGCGAUAUCCCCGGGUAAAUAGGAUACUCACACAGAAGCGAACGAGCGAAUGUUUUACUUUGUUGCCAAAUAACAUUUACCACCCACACGAGAAGCACUCAUGUGGGUAGGAAUGUUGAAUUACUUACAUUUAUAGAAGCAGCUAUUGUGUAGUGUGGUUGCGCGGCGCCCCAUUCUUCAGUGAAGAAACGUGCGCGACCGUAAGAACCGAACAGGCGCUGAACCGUUGUAAUCGGCGCGCAGCGUCCGAUGCAUUAUAUGUUAAUGGUCUAAUUUUAUACACCUGUGUAAUAAUCUCAUCGUCCCACCAAAGAAACAAAGCGGUUAUGCUAAAACAUAUACAUGCACUAAUACAUAUAUAUAUAUAUAUGCCCAUCUUGAGAUUCACAUAGAUAGAUUUGCACCCGGCUAACUCCCUAUGCCCCAAUCAUUUUCCGUCGCUUGUUAUCACUAAUGUACUUCUUCAGCUUCUCCCUUCUUACUACUACCGGUCGGUAUUGGUAAACACCUUUUUGGGGGCCCUUGGGUGAGCAAAGCAUAUUUUAAAGCAACGAGAUGUUUAUAUUACGUACGAACCUCCCCCCUUUACUCCUCAUCAUCUUAUGAUAUUUAUUUAUGUCUAACGUACGAUUUGUGGUAACAAACAGUAGUAGUGGGUGGGGUGUCCUCCUAUACGCAUCGCCACCAUUAAACUUUCUUUUCCCUUAUGUUUGUUUUUUUUUUCUUUAAUUUUAAACAAAAAGCUUUUCGGUUAUUGCUUGAACUAAAUUAGUCGCUCAGUGGCUCAGUUAAACACACCACUCACUUCCUCCUCUUCCCCCCGCCACCCUCCACCCAACACAUUUGGGUUAAGCAAACAGACACACACAACGUAUGCCAAUGCAAAACAACAAACAAACAAACAAACAAAAAAGCAAACCGAACAGAUAAAUUGACCGACGAUGUAAUGAAAUAAGAAUAAUCUGGGUACCUGACUUAUAAAUAGUAGUAAGUAAGUGCAUAAUAUAACCCUAGCGAUACCUAAUGUAAGCAUGGAAAGCAACAACAGCAACAACAAAAACACUAUAUUAUUCUACAGCCAGGCGGCGGCGGGCGAGUAAAUGAAAAAAAAUAACGAUGAAUUAACAAACGUUUGUCAAGAAGAAAACAAUGGCUACUACUAGCGUGUAGUAGUAAACUUACACACACACACACACAUACAUUAUACGAAAACUGUUGAUGUGCUGCAUACUGGGGAAGGAAGCAUAGGCCGAACAUAGAGUAGCACAUGUAGCAGCAACAGUGUGAUAAAGGCACUUUUGGAUUUGUUUUUUCUUUUCUUUUAAACGGAUUGUUUUCCACAUUGGAUAACGCUUCUUUGGCAAACCACAUUGGCUGAUCGGAAAACGAUUGGAUUGGAUAAGCAGCAACUACACACAGAAAUCGUCCUUUUAAACCGGUCUUGCAUCGUUUACUACAAUCAAUCUGUCUGUUCUAUAAUUUGAGUCAGAUCAGUUACGGCCUACAAGGAGAGGAGAAACGUAGUGAAGCCAGUCGUCAGCAUAUUAAAAGCGAGAGCCUCGAAUCUUAGGUUUUAAAUAGCUGAACACAGUUGUACCAGAGCGAAUGUACUGACACUCCUCAUUGUGCACGGAUUGGAACGUAAAAUCGGGUACGAUUGAGGCAAAAAUGUUUAAAACGCUCGUGUUAUUUAGUAGUUGACCUGUUCGAGUGUAAGGCGCAAAAAUAUGUUGCUUACAAGCACGAACACGUGCUCUUGACGGUAUCACAUGUGUUUUGAAAAUUGGAUAAGUUCAGGACAGACGCGCUCACACAUUUUUCCGACCAAAUCCAUGAAAUGAUUAGAAAACAUUUCCUGAACACUGUUUAGGAUCGUUUAGCUAAAAAAACGAGAAGGCUAAAGAAAUGUUUAGAAUGUUGUGUUGCAACAAUCGUGCACCCGGUCACCAAGGUCUGCUUGUGCGUGUCUACGACGAGUAACACACACAACAAAUGGGUCUUUUUCUAUUUCCACGGUGUCCUAAAAACAUCUCCAGGAUGGGAAAAGAAACAUAAGUAAAUACACACACACACAUACACACACAUACACACACAUACUUCCAUAAUUCCAACGUUGACUGCACACUUUCACAACUUCCAAAGUUACCAUUUUCACUUUGUGUUCUGCAAAGCCGUGCCGCGGCAGAUUAAAGUAACUUUUGAUUGGUUUGAUCUGUUGCGCGGGCAAGGCAUGCACGCAUCAUGCAGCAAUGUGCACGAAACACUGUUGUUUUUUUAAUGUAUUAUUAUUUAUUAUAACUGUUUGUCGAGACAAACCAACCGGAAGGCAAUAGAUUGAUUUUUGUGUGCCGGCUUCCAGAAUGAAUGUAAUAAGAGAGAGCACGUGCGUACAUCUGUAACACCCACACACACACUCAUUUAUAAUUAUCAGCCCGAAACGAAACAAGUGUACCGCCACAACAGAAACCACAAAAUGUUAAACCAGAGAACAUAUCUAAAGCGCAUAGAAAAGUUAUGUACUGUAAAAGCAAACAGUUUGCAAUACGACAGACUACAUUAUGAAAAGGGGGUCUAGGUUUGAAAUACUACAAAUACCUGAACAGAACAGUAUGCAAGGGAGCGGCGACAGAGCAAGACAAAGUUGGAGCGUUAUGCGGUGACUAGUGCAUCUACCCGAGAUCCCAAAUCGAUUCGUAUUCGGAUACACCAAACAACAAAAAUCACAAGCAAGCAAUCCCAGCACCAAGCAAAACAACCAAACGGUAACACAACACAUUCCAUUUUUAAAUUGCUUUUUGUGUUUUGCUUGUACUUUUAGUUUGUUUAAAGUUUUUGACCAACGGCUUCAACAAUACACAACAUUAUUACACAAACACGAGAAAAGAGGUUGAUGCGUCGAAAGGAGCGAAAGGAAGGAAGACGUAAAUACGGUCGGUUCGGUUCAAAAAGUAAAACGGUUUUUUUGACGAUUAUUUUCAUUUUUUAAAGCGCUGUAGCCGUAGUACCGAUGUGUGUGUGUGUGCGCGCGCCCAAGAUCGAUUCCCGUUUUGUUUGAGGAGGGAAAAAACACACACAACACAGGAAACGUAAUAAUGUAAUAAUAAUACUUGUUAUCUACCUCACAUCAAUGACAAAAUCAAGAAUUUUGUUUGUAAACUUACCUUUAAGUUUUAAAUUUAUUAACGAUUAAUUAUGUGAACAUGUGAAUUGAGAAUUCAAACAAUCUCGAAAGAAUAAACUAGAUUUAGUAACCGUAA